UUUUUUUUUUUAAUCUGGCAAUUUUUAUAAAAACUACUAUAAUUAAUCAAAAUUUAUGAAGGAUUUUUCAGAAAGAUAUCAGUUAAAACGUGAUUGUCAACAAUGCUAAAUAAUUUUUACUUAUCACAUCAAAUGUCGGCUUGCUAUCAGCGUUAGUGUUUUAGUUCACUGUGCGACUCACGCGAGGCCGUCCGUCGUGUGUCUUAUCUACUCACCAAAGGUUGAAUUGUCUCUCGUACUGUGUUGGUUAUUAUAUCCUGCAUUUUUAUUUUUAAUGCUGUGGUAAUAAAAUUUAUAUAUUUUUUAUUAAGUUUGAUAUUUUUAACUAUUGCCGUUCCCUUACGUAUUUUUCGAUUCCGCGUGAAGUAUAUAUUUAGUUAUUAUAAUGGAAGCUAUUGCAAAACAUGAUUUCAAAGCUACAGCUCCCGAUGAACUUAGCUUUAAAAAAGGCAGUCUACUUAGGGUGAUUAAUAUGGAAGAUGAUGUGAAUUGGUUCCGAGCAGAAUUUGAGGGCAAAGAAGGAUUAAUACCCAGUAACUAUAUAGAAAUGAAAAAUCAUGAUUGGUACUAUGGCAAAAUAACCAGAGCAGACGCCGAAAAAUUGUUAGAUCAGCAACCAGAAGGAUGUUUCUUAGUUAGAAUUAGUGAGAGUUCACCAGGAGAUUUUUCAUUAUCUGUCAAGUGUGGUGAUGGUGUUCAACAUUUCAAAGUUUUGAGGGAUGCCCAAGCAAAAUUUUUUUUAUGGGUUGUUAAGUUUGAUAGCUUGAAUGAGUUAAUUGAUUAUCAUCGAGAAUCAUCUGUAUCACGUUCACAAGAUGUUAGACUGAGGGAUAUGCCAGCAGCAACUCAAAAUGGAUUUAACCAGAAACCUACAUUAGUAAUUGGAAUGUAUGACUUUACACCUCAAGAAGAGGGAGAAUUAGCAUUUAAACGAGGAGAUGUAAUUACUGUAACAAAUCGUACUGAUGUAAACUGGUGGCGAGGAGAAAUAGGUACUAGAGAAGGUUUAUUUCCAGCUGCAUAUGUUUCACCAUAUCAUGCGCCAUAAAUGUUUAAUUUUGUUGAUUAAAUCAUACAAAUAUUAAGAUGCCGUAUGUAUGACAGUUAAACAGACUUACACAUUUUUUUUUUUUAAUGAUUCACUUUAAAUAUUAUGUUUGAAUAAUAAUAAUAAUAUAGUGGUAAUAAUAUAUAAUUUCACAAUG